AUGAAAAUUACAUUCGAACUUCCUACUGAGUGUGUGAGUAGAUACUUGAAAGAAUGCGUCGAGAAACAUGACUGGCAGUCUUUGGAACUCUUCCUACUUGGUGGCGGUGGUCAUGGAUCGUACGCUAAAGGCGAAGGUGGAAUUGCAACUGGUAAUUGUGAUCUCAAGGAGAUCUCUUUGUGUGAUGUUAUGAAGUCAGACCCUAAACCAAACAUGUAUUACGAACUUAUCAGUGUCCUUAUUGAUCACGGUGCUUUGGUGAAUGGUCGCAAUGAACAACAUAUUCCAUUGGCGUUGGCAGUGAAUUACAAUGAUCACGAUCUUGCUGUUGUUUUGCUGAAGAAGAACGCAAAUUCUCAAGGUCUUCUAAGAAGUAAAUCUGGGAAACGCGGUGAUACGCCAAUUCACACUGCGUUCAGAAUUGGACUUUCUUUGGGUAUGUUAUGUUUCUUAAUUAUUUUAGGUAACCUUCGUUUUCAACCAAAUUUAUAUUGAAUACACUUAAGACAGGGCAAUAUAAUCAUUUCCAGGAAAGUUCAGAAGUCUUAUGCUGUCGAUAUAUAAACAAAUAGGAGCAGUGUUAGUGUUGCCAUGGCAACCAUGACGUGUCAUCUUUUGCACUUUUUUUAAGAUUUAUGGUUGAAAGAGGAAUGACAUAUUAAAAUUUGAAGCGAUGUUUACAAGGCAGGUUUUGAGAUAUUCAUGAACAACGACUACAGAAAAUCCGUCUUGUAGAAAUUCCUGAAAUUUUGAUAUGUUUGACUAAUAGUCAUGCUUAGCAAAUAUUCAAAUUUUAAAACAAAUUCACGGAAGGAAACGACAAUCAUUUCGACUGCAUCAAAAAUUAAUAAAACGCUUCAAUUACAUACUUACUAAAAAACUCUUUCGACAUUCUUCAAGUUCAAAAUACAAAAAAAUGAAAAUGCGUUGGCUUUGAUGCUUGAUUUCCAUCGUAAAAUUUAAAAAAUAUGCCCAUAAUUACAAUCCGCGCUCAUUUCUUGACAGACAAUGAAAUAAAGAAUUUUUUUAAUGAUUGACUAGAAGCUAACAACAAUCUAUAUCACUAACGGCAUGCCUUUCUAAAGUUCUCGAAGAUUUCGUCGUUAAAUGGAUGAUCUCUGACAUCAAGACUAAUAUCGACCCACAACAUGCAGUUCGGUUCUUUAAAGGGUUAAUCCACCACCUAUUGCCUGCAUGAUAUGUUGCAUUCUUGGCUUUCCCAUUUGGAUUCCCCUGAUCAUUACCUUCGCACAUGCUUUUUGGAUUUCUCUAAGGCUUUCGAUCGUAUUGCGGUGCCCGUGCCAUUUUUUGGCACCGCAUUAUAAUCUGCCUGUGAGUUUGUCCGUUUGUUUGUUUGUUAGUUUGUUCGCAUCAAUACGUUUCCUUAAUGGCCUAGUAAAAAUUCCUUGCACGUGCUCGGAAUUUAUUAAUUAUUAUUAAUCGUGUACUUUCAUGAUCGACUGUUUGCUAGGCUUUAUCUCUGGUUUUAUGCGUGAAACAAGGACAAAAAUACCACUGUUCGAAUCAGCGUGAAAACUUGUAUUUACGGACGGAAAAUUGACUUCAAAAUUGACUUCAAUUCUAGCGAUUUGUGGCCUUUGAAAGAUAAGCCGUCCAAAAUAAUCCACGUUUUCCGAAUUCCUUUUUUCGAGGAAAGUUUUCUUUCGAAUUAAUCUCGGACUCUCACGAUUGACUUUUUUCUGCGCCUUAUCUCUGGUUUUAUGCGCCCAGUAAGGACAAAAGUACCACCGUUCGAUUCAGCGAAAGAAAUUAUACUCGCAGAUGACAAAUGUAUUACUAAACAACAGUAUUCUAGCGAUUUAUGGCCUUUGAAAGACAAGCGAAAUUGUAUUGUUCACACAUCGCUCAAAGUUAUUAAACUAAUUAAAAAUGCAAUACAUUUGACCUUGAUAACUUUCGUAUUGUUGGUUUUCUCUUUUUUCGGCCGUAUACCAGUCGAUUCGUCUCACUAUUCUGUUUAUUUUGUUAGUAGUUUGAGCCCAAAAUAUUAUAUUUUGAAGGUUUUAAUGCGCAGUUUUAAUAAGCGAAAUUGUAUUGUUGACAAAUCGCUCAAAAUUAUUAAACUAAUUAAAAUGCAGUCCGUUUGAUCCUUGAUACCUUCGGAAUUGUUGGUUUUCUCGUUUUUGGCUGUACGCCAGUGGAUUUGUCUCACUUUUCUCCUCAUUUUGAUAGUAUUUUGAGCCCAAAAUAUUUUAUUCCGAAGGCUUUAAAACGCAGUUUUGAUCCUAAUGUACGGACCAACUGGCGGCCGACAGGAGAAUGUAGCGUGCUAAAUAUAACUUUACUUUACUUGUGCGUGUAGUCGAGGAGCUGAAUCUUAAAAACCCACUAGUUAACAGUUUCGAUCAACCCAUUCCACAGUAAAGGUUUGAAAACUAAUUCUGGUAGAUUAGACACCGCUGAUUAACGCUAGGUAUGUUGUAGAUUCGAAAUGUGGUAUCAGUUUUCACUUAAGGUGGCUCACAACCGAUUAAGUCAUUUAAAAAAAUCCAAGAAAAAUGGAAAACACGAUCUUUCGAAAAUGGCUUUGUUACUAUGGCAACGAAGAAACAAAAUAAGUUUUUGCAUUUUUCACACAGCACAAUACUGUGGCAAUGUUGCAGCCAAGUUUCAUGACCAUACCUUGCACAAUAAACAGUAAAAGGAAUUGUGCGCUACAAAGUUAAAACAGCAAUGAGCCACUUUAAGAGCAUAGUUUCGUGGUCUAGAAAUCGUUUAUAUUUUAAGAAAAUUGAGCACACUUUAAAAAAUUAUAUACUGACAAUUAAAUACAAAAUAGUUUAAUUUUAUCUGUUAGUACCAUCUCCAGGAGUUUUACGUUGGUUUUCCCGCCAAAACUAGCCUCAUUUUCAUGCUAUAUUCAUAAUUUAAAAAUGGCGGAUGGAUAAAUCUUUUGAAAGUCAGUUUUUGCUGGAAAAAUGCUAAAAAUGUGACCGGUAAGUGAGAAAAUAAUCAAAAUAGUGUCUGAAUGAAUUCAUAAUAUGCAUUUUAAGUUAUUUGUGAGCUUUUAAGAUAAUUUAUGUAAUUUUUAAAGUACUUUAAUUCACUACGAAAAGAUGUAAUAUCAUGUUGUAAUAAAAGUUUUAGUUCCAGUACAAUUAGUUAAAAAUACAAGAAUACACCUAGCAUACUCAGUUACCCCAUUGUUUUUUCUUACACAUAUUCAUGCAUUUCUUUAUAAGUUUAUUGUUUGUUAUUUAAUUUUUUUGCAUGCUUCUCUGACAGAAGUAUCUUGAGUCGACGUUCCUUGUCUACUGGGUAGAUAGUUCAUCGGAUAAUAAUUACCGGUAAGUGUUAAAAUAAAGUACACAAAACAGCAUCUUUUAAAUUGAACAAACUUUAAGUUAUAUAUAAAGGAGGCUAAUAAGAAACUUUAUCCAAAUAGACUUUAAAAACGUUUUUGUAUUUGUUCUAUCAUCGCUAACUUCAUGAUCUUGAUUGCAGCAGUUAUGAUGGAUGUAGAAAAUGAAGGUGAUGACAUUGGUAUUGUUACGUUCGCGGGCGAGAACGAACAAAAAUGUGUGUCUGCAUCUUCAUCGUUUACGCUCGUUGCCCUCCUUGACCAGACACAGCGACACGCGCUGGCCAAGGAGGCUUUCUUGUAUUUGUAAUAACUUCUUCUGAGUCUUGAAAGUUCUUCAACAACAACAAUUAACUCAACAAUAUCAAUUUAUUAUCUUUAACUAUCUCUUAAUAGAAUAUUUGAAUGAAUGAAUGAAUCUAGCUUAAGCUUUCGCUGCUUAUAUACUCUCCGAAAGAUAUUAAUAAAACAUGACAUCAUACUAUUUUUAGAUACCACGUAAACGAUGAAUAUAGUAAAGUUAUGACUCAGCAAAAUUACGUAAUGUCUUAAUUAAAAUUGUUCAAGACGUGACUGACUUCACGUCACAGUAUACAAUUUCCUCUGCCGCUAUUACCCAAACGACGCCGUUCGACAUGUUUCACUAAGUGCAUUAUUUGCCAGUCUGACUCAAGAGAAAAUCUGAGAAAGGGAAAGCAAUCUUCUGUUAAAAAUUUUAUUUCGAAAUUGCAAAUUCGUCAGGAUGACGUUUAUCGACGACGUUCUGCAAAUUUUGAUGUCUUGUACGAAAACGAAGUUCUGUGGCACGCUUCCUGUUAUACAACAUAUACAAGUGAACAAAAUAUCAAGUAUGCGUCAAAUCAUCAAUCAUCGACAGUGCAGACAGAAAAAAAUAAGUACGCUGAAGCAACCAGUGAGCCUUGUGCCAUGAUAUCUCGAUCUAAAGCUGUCCCGCAUGACUGGUCAAAAUGCUUGUUUUGCAAGAAUCGCACUCACAAGAAAGAAAAAGUGAUGCAAAGUGUAUUCACACUCGCGGCAUGCAAUACAAUAAUGCAAUGUGCGGAGGCAAAAGGAGAUCAGGAUAUGCUUCGUGUACUUAUGGGAGUCGGCAAUGAUUUAGUUGCCGCCGAAGCGAAGUAUCACAAAACAUGCUUCGCAUCUUAUGUGAGCAAGUCAAACCUCAAGUCUCAAGUCUUUAAGGAAGAUGAAAGAAAAGAAUUUGUUUAUGGCCAAGCAUUUCGUGAAAUGGCUUUCGAAAUUAGAACGGGGCUAGAAUCGGGAAUGGCUUAUGAUAUGGUUUCAUUGUUGAAGAAAUAUGCCGAAUUGCUAGAAGAAAGAGGAGUUGAUGGUCAGAAAUACACUAGCCAGAAACUGAAGCUUCGAAUGAGAAGUCAUUUCGGAGAGACGAUUGUAUUCCAUCAACCUUAUCAGAGAUCAAGACCCGGACUCGUGUAUUCAAGUAGUAUUUCACUACAAAUAUUAUCAAUGCUUCUGCUACCCACAACAAAGAACAACCGUCAUCACAAGCACGUCGAAACCAAGCCAACACCCAAGAUCCUCCUCCUAAACUUCUUAUGUACGAAGCGGCGCAGUUGUUAA